CACUCUGUUUUUUGCGUUACAGAUGUACUGAAAGGAGAACUGAAAAGCAUUUUGGACGUGAUAUGGGCAAUCAUUCUACACUUCACUGUACACUCACCAGAUGCUCCCAUGCAGCAGAAGACAGUGCGUAGUGGCAAGAAGCAGUUGAUCCAAUGGUGUGCUGCUCAGCUUGGUGAAGCCUCUCUGGAUACCUGCAAGGGACUAGCACAAUGCUUUGAGAAGAACAACAAGCUUGCUGAACUUAUCGGUCUCUUCUGCAGCUAUGCAAAUAACAGUACGGAGACUUAUGUGAAUAAUUUGACCAGUGCCUUGAUCGCUUCUGAAGAGCAUUUUGGAAUUACCAAGUCUUUGCUCAGCCCAGCAGAUGUUAUAAGAGGAACAGUGGAAGAGCAUGCCCUCACUAUCUACCUUGCACUUCUACGCAGAAAGGUCACACAACUUGCUACCGAUAACGAUCAGUCAGGGAAGAGCUCAGAUCUGAAUACCUCAGCAGGCAUGCCAGAAGGAUUGACAGAAGAGGUCGCUAACUCCCUAUCCCAAACCUUUAGUUUUAAAUUCAUGCGAUCCCCCUCUGUAUCACCCACUAAGCCCCGCCCAUCAUCCACUACCCACCACACCCCUCCCUCACAUGACGCUGUGACGGUCGAGGGAGAUAAUGCACAGCCUGUGGUACGGAAGAAAACUACACCAUUACCAAGUAAGAUACCUGUAUCAAGUGCCAGAGUGAACCAACCCUCAGCAUCUACAAUGGAGGAGGUUGCACCUAUCCCUGAGAGCUCCCCAAGGAAGCGACACCAGGAGACAGCAGAUGAGCAGAAGCAGAUGGCCUCAUCAACAGACAAAGGCUUCAAGAUGCCUUCGGGGAUACCUGUUCGCAAGAACCAGAAGCUGUCUUCCAUCAAACCUGUUCAGACGAGCACACCAAACUCAAAGCAGAAGCAAAGCUCUGAGAGGAAUGAGCAAAGGAUUGAUGUUGGAGUUGAACAGCACGAUGUAGAGGAUGAUGGGAAAACGAUGCAUUCCGGAGGGGUUGCUAGGCGAGAGAUAGAGCAACAUGGACAAAGAGGAAUGCAGGGAGUUUCUGAUGAUCAAAGUAGAACCAAAGAAGCUGAUGCCAGAGUUGAGCUAGAUCUUUCAGAUAUUGAACAAGAAGAUGAGGUGAACAAGGAAGAGCAGGAGAAAGGGAUGAAAGAUGAUGUUGCUAUGGGAGACAAAACCAAAUCAGUAGGGAAAUCAACAAAUGCAAGGAUGCAGGAUAAUGAACAAAUCAUCAGGACAGAGAAAAAGGCCAUCAGAGCUGAGGCGGUAAACAGUAUAGAAGGCCGAAGAUUGAGGGAAGAUAAAAAAAGUGAAGAUCAUGAGGAAGAGGGGACAAAAGAACGAGAGAAAGUAGAAGUGAAAGUAAGCAGCAGAAUCUGUGCCUUUGCUAGAGAAGAUGGGGAUGGUGAAAGAGCUAUUGAAGAACAAGCCACUAAAGGGAGUAGAACUCAAGAUGAUGAUAGGAAAAUGAAGGAGACAGAGUCCUCUGUGGAGAAAUCUUCCCUGCUGAGACGAGGUGAAGAACUGUCAUUCAUGAUCCCCAAAGGUUUGGAUCUGUCUGGUAGCCGCGGUGAUGAGCUACUCUCCAUGUUAGAAGCAAUUGGUACUGAGGGAAAACAGCUCAGACAAGAACUCAAUGAAGCUAAAGCAAGGGAAGACUUCUUGACCAAAAAGCUGAACGAGAGAUUUUCCAGUCACGAAGAGGAGGUCAUUAAUCGUUUGGUAGGAGAGUUAGAGAUGUUAAGAAGAGAGAACCAGAGGCUCUUCAAAGAGUUGGCAAGAGCUAGAGAGUCUGGAGCUGAAGAUAGGAAACGCUGUGAGAAUUUACAGGCUGCUGUAGAGAGGCUGGAGAUGGAUGUAGAGAGAUUGACCGCUGAGAACUUUCGCCUCAAGUUUGCUGCGGACACCGGUUACCAGGUGACUGGAGAUGACCUCUUGGCUGCUAUGUCAGAGGCAGAUACAGGCUUCCAGUCCUUGCCAUCCCCAGGAAAGGAGUUUAGCCAUCCAGACUUCAAGGAGUCUGUUCCCUCUCCCAUCCUAGAGGCCCAAUCAGUGCAUGAGACCAGACUCCUUGCCAUGAAGACAGAGACAGAGAGCAUGCGCAAACUACAGGAGCUGCUCACCAAAGCUCAUACAGAGAACCGUCGACUGAAAGCCCUUCACCAGAAUCCCGAGAGCAACACUGACCAUGAGGCAGCAAUGGCGAAGGUCAAGGCAGAGCUGGGUCUGGCCCAGGUGGAGGGUGAGAGAUUGAGAGAGGAGAGGGCGCAACUGAAGAAGGAGGUUAAAGAGGGUAGACAGCAGACUAAGGAGCAGAUGCAGAAAUACAAGGAGUUGGAGGCGAUAAUGGUGAAGUACUCCAGAGAGGAAAGGGAAUCUCAAAGGGAUGCUGUAGGUCAUGGUGUUGAUGGGACACAAGGCUAUGAGCAAAUCCAUGAAGGCAAGAGCACUGACAUGAGGAAGAGUUCACAAAGUAGCAGUGGACAAUCUCAACAAAAUGUAAGAAAAUAUUUAACGGAGACCUUCAGUUAUAAGCCUGAAGCAGUGAAUAAGAGUAAUAGCACAUCAAGUGAGAAAUCAGUGAAUGUCACAAGAACUGCAAGUGAAGGUAUCCGUAAAAACAUUUAUUCCAAGUCUGCUGAUGAUAAUUUGCAGGAUCGCGAUAGUCGGGUACUAGACUCUGAUGAGAAUAUGGGGAAGAUUGAUGUAAAGGCCACAGUUCCAAAAGAUCAGCAAGUUUCAACGGCUUUUGUGGUGAAGAAUGAUGGUAGAGGAUAUAAGCAGGAAUUACCAAGAUCAAAGGAUCCAUUGGCAUUGCCUUUAACAUCUGCUUAUGCAGGAAGCGAUAGAGCAAUGAGCACAGAUGGGGAAAAUGACAAGCAGAAAGCUCAGAAUAACCCAGUAGGAACACCUGAAGCGGUUGUUGACUGGAAAUACCUUGCCAUGAGCCCCAGCCCAGACAAUGAGAUGAGGACCAUCGCGCAGUACGUUGCUCGUCCAUCCGAUCUUGAGACAGCUUCUGAGAUUGAGAGCGAGACAGAGUCAAGAACCAGUGAUCUGUUCAUGUCAAGCAAUGUGUCCUCACCCAUAGGCAGGUUGUUGUCUACUCAAGAUAGAAGAUCAAGCCUUGGUGGAUUGAUUGUAGCUAGGGCGCAAACGUCCCCUGCAGAUGAUCAGGAGCACAGUUCUGUCUUCCCUGAAGAUUCUCAAAUCAAAGAUGACACCCUGAUAGAUGAGUCCUACCUGAAAACAAGCCAGGCCUAUAUCACUGCUGAUGAGAAUUCUGUGGGAAGGACCUCAGCCAUAAAGCAAGGGAAUGUCACGUAUGAUGCAACAGAUUCCAGCAAACCAGUACUAAAGGAAGAAGGCCUUACACCUUACUAUACAUCCAUGGUGCAGCGGAACAAGCUACAAUUCUCAUCACUAUCAUCAAGCCUUGAGUCGCUGAGGAGCAUCUCACGCAAAGCCAGGGAUGACAUUGAUGCAGAGGGUUCCAAUAUUGACUCGGUGUCAAAGAAAGAAGCUCCAAAGAUGGAACAAAAUGUGCCUACGCUUGAGGUAGAAAGAAAAUGGAUUCAGGAAGAACUCGGAAGGAUACGUCUUGACAAUAACAUUCCUGGAGAGAAAUAUUCAGAUUUAGGAAGGAGGUCUAGUGCUGAUAAACAGUUUGGAUCUACAAUGUUAUCAUCCAGUAGAGAGGAUUUGCAGUUCAUGCCACCGAGGAAUGUACCACGCUGGCGAAAAUUUCAGUUUAGGAGUAGGUCAUCUAGGUUCUCAGAAGCAUCACAGCAGGCAUCAUCCUAUCAGUCUACUGUUCUUUCCAACGGUGCAGACUUCAGAAGAAGUCCUACUAGGACUGUCAGUUUGACUAGACUGAAUGUGAGUGAUGGGGCAGGGGAUGACUCGGUGAAGACUUCUCCAACGUAUGGUUUGAAGACAUCUCCAACCUACAGGUCGAAGACAUCUCCAGAAAGAUCCUUUCUCCAACAUGCAGUUGCCCCAUUAAGGAGCAGCAGUGAUGACAUGUCAGAUGAAUUCAAGCCGCUCCCUAAUGAAUUGCGGAAACCUCACAUAUUGACUGAACGUACACCUGUGAAACCCAACAAAGGGACUGUACCAAGUCAGAGAGCUGAUCCUUUGCCUGUAAGGAGCUUACCCCCUACCCAUCCAAUUAAUGCAGGCAGUGACAAACAAAGGGAACCGACAAAUGCUUCAUCUUCAAGUAGGAAUGAACAUCUCCCUGUUGCAAAAGGGAACAUUAGUGAAGACAAAACUUUUAGUGAUCCCUCCAUUCUACCUGUUUUGCCUGAUAGUGCCAGUCCUCCUAAAUCUAGAGAAUUGUCUAGCGGUGCUACAGGCACUGACAACCAUGUCACUUCAUACAGUGCUUACAGGAUUAGUACUACUACCUUAGGGGAAGGUCCCUCCAUUCCUCAACACACAAAGACAUCAAGCCAUUCACCUCAUACCACGCUGCUACCAAGUCCCCCUCAGAGAACAGACAUCUUUGUGAGUCAGCCGAUAUCUGACCUUCCAAAAUCCUACCCUGACAAAACUGGUGGCAGCGGUGGGAUAUCUUCAACUUUGACCCCGGAUGACCUUGAUACUUUGGCUGAGAAGAUCAUCCAGGAGGCUGACUCUGGUGUCUCAUUGACGAGCAGCUUGGACAUCAGGAAUGGGUUGCCCAAGAGCAUGUACGAGCAUAGGCUGUUGUCCCGGGACGAGCAGACAUAUGCCAAUUCGUUGAUAGCCAAGUACAUUGAUAAUUCACCCGACAAGUUUUGAAGAGUUGAAACGAAGAAUGAUAAUGUCUCGCUACGUGACAGCCUUACAGCUACAUUUAUUAGAUUCAAGUACACUAUGUGUGCCAUUUUGGAAAUCUGUGAUACUUUUAUUUUGAGGUGCAUUGUCGAGCGUGAGAUUGUGCAAAGGGC